UGAGGCCUCUAAUAGUGGAGAUUCUGGCAAGAGAACAGCCGUUAACAGUUGGACAGGAGGCUGAGCUGGCCUGCAGGGCAGUUGGUGCCAGGCCGCCCGCCAUCAUCUCCUGGUGGCUGGAUGAGAAGCCCCUGAUUGCUCAUUCACAAAAGAACUCAGAAGACCGUAACGAAACGGUGUCACUUCUACGCUGGACACCCCAGAUGGAACACGACGGCCGAAUACUCACGUGUAGAGCGGCGCAUGUGAAGCUCGAACACACUACAAUAGAGACUACUAUGUCCCUCAAUUUGCACUAUGUGCCAAUAGUAGUCCUGGAGCUAGGCUCCAAGUUAAACCCUAACGACAUUGAAGAAGGCGACGACGUGUACUUCGAGUGCGUGGUGCGAGCAAAUCCCCCGGCCUACAAAGUUGUGUGGGAACACAAUAACCAAGUGAUGACGCACAACCAAAGGGCCGGCGUCAUAGCCGGGUCAGCGCACCUGGCCUUACAAGGGGUGUCCCGGGAACAGGCCGGCCGGUACGUGUGUACUGCGAGCAACGUCGAGGGCGAUGGGAAGUCUCAACCGGUCAAUCUACAAGUUAUUUAUAAGCCGGUAUGCACAAACCCCCUAACUGCCAUCGUCGGGGCAGCAUUCAAUGAAGCUGCCAAAGUGACGUGCGAGGUGGACGCCUUCCCUCCGCCCAAGAACUUCCAGUGGACUCUGAACAACUCUAUGGGGACUACUGAGCUGGACGCGUCAAAAUUCACGGUGGACAGCGCGGGCCGAUCCAUCCUCACAUACACUCCUACAGUAGAGACCGACUACGGGUCCCUAUCCUGCAGAGCCACAAAUCUAGCUGGACAGCAGAUUGAGCCCUGUCGGUAUAACCUACUACCAGCUGUGAGACCAGACCCUCCAUUCAACUGCUCAACAGUCAACCUGACUGACGACUCAGCUGAACUACGAUGUGUUGCUGGUUACGACGGCGGUCUUCACACCAUAUACUUCGUCGAGGCAUGGGAGACUGGGACGCUAAUUGCCAAUGCUUCUACCCCGACCCCCACUUGGAAGUUACGAGGUCUGGGCUCAGGGAAAGCCUUGAAGCUUGUGUUCUAUGCUCACAAUGCGAGGGGGAGAUCUGAAACUACUACGUUGAGAGUACACACGCUAUCGCGGUUGGCGUUACAUACAGAAGCAAAGGCAUCCGCCGGCAACGUCGACACCAGCUGGGCGCUCGGGAUCAUAGCUGGCACCAUCGGGACUCUAGCGGCGGUGGCUGUCAUAGCGCUGCUCGCUAGGAGAAGGCACCACCGGCCUAUGCAGUACGAAG